GCCGAGCCCGAGCGGACCAAGCCGCAGCCGCAGCCGGGCGGCGGGCGAGGGGCGGCGGGCGAGAGGCGGCGGCGGCGGCGGCGGCGGCGGGCGGGCCGCGGGCGGUCAGUCGGGCGGCGGCGGCGGCGGCGAUGCGGCGGCCCCGCUGAGCCCGCCCGCUCCUGGCGCCGGGAGCCUGCCGCGCGAGGCGGCCCGGGCCGGGCGGCAGCAUGCGGAGCGGCGAGGAGCUGGACGGCUUCGAGGGCGAGGCCUCGAGCACCUCCAUGAUCUCGGGCGCCAGCAGCCCGUACCAGCCCACCACCGAGCCGGUGAGCCAGCGCCGCGGGCUGGCUGGCCUGCGCUGCGACCCCGACUACCUGCGCGGCGCGCUCGGCCGCCUCAAGGUCGCCCAAGUGAUCUUGGCCCUGAUUGCAUUCAUCUGUAUAGAGACCAUCAUGGCGUGCUCCCCGUGUGAAGGCCUCUACUUUUUUGAGUUUGUGAGCUGCAGUGCGUUUGUGGUGACUGGCGUCUUGCUGAUUAUGUUCAGUCUCAACCUGCACAUGAGGAUCCCCCAGAUCAACUGGAACCUGACAGAUUUGGUCAACACUGGACUCAGCACUUUCCUUUUCUUUAUUGCUUCAAUCGUACUGGCUACUUUAAAUCACAGAGCCGGAGCAGAAAUUGCUGCCGUGAUAUUUGGCUUCUUGGCGACUGCAGCAUAUGCAGUGAACACAUUCCUGGCAGUGCAGAAAUGGAGAGUCAGCGUCCGCCAGCAGAGCACCAAUGACUACAUCCGAGCCCGCACAGAGUCCAGGGAUGUGGACAGUCGCCCUGAGAUCCAGCGCCUGGACACGUGAGGACCUGCCUGGAUCCUCCUCCCUCCCGUCCUUGUGCCCGUCUCUCAGUCAAGUUUUCUUUCCCUUGUUGUGUCAGAUUUCCAUGUGAUUCAGUUGAAUUUUGUCCUCUUUGGUAAAAGUUCAUUUUGGGAAAGGGUUUCCCGAGUGGCCCAGUGGGCGGGUCUGCGGUGGAGUCAGGACGCCCAUGUUCCUUGGUGUUUGGGGCUGUGGAGCAGCCAGUGUCACUGCCCAGGUCCACUUGUGGUCUUACCUGCCCUGAAGCACAGGCUUCCUUUGACUCUGAGCCACCCUGUCAUGUGUAUUUGUAACAAGAUGACUUUGGAUUAAAUGGGGCUGCUAAAAGGGGGGGAAAUAUGAAGGAAUGAAGGGACAGCAUUGGAACGGUCAGUCGGCAGUGGUUCUCAGGCAGCCUUAGGCACCACCUGCUCCAAGUCAGUGUUGAGUCUGGCUGCCAGGAUCCAACCCACUCCUCGUCUUCCAUGCCAGGGCCCCCAGGCAGCCAGCACCAGCCCAAAGGCCACAGGGUUGGGGAAAGCUAAUGUCCUAUUAGGAUGGCUCCCAGGGACCUGUGACUCAUGGGAGGGUUACCUUUUGUUUCCUACUCUGAUGAGAAAUCACUUGAUUCUUCCUCAAAUGAAUCAGCUUCCUGAACCCCAGAUUCUUCUCCAGGAAUAUGGGGACCAUCUUGUUUUCCAGUUUCCUGCCUACCCUAAGUACUUUGAGGCUGAACUGCAGAUUUUCAGUCAUUUUACCUUCUCAGGUAAAAGCCAUGAAAGAAACAAGCCUAUUCCACCAGCCAAAGCACUUGCCCAUUUGCUGGCUUCAUGGACUGCAGGUGGGAGGUAUGUGGUUGUGUUAAAAAACAGCAUGCACAUGCGCACACGCGCACACACACACACACCCGCCUCUAUUUUAGGGUUGUGUGCUAAUUUUCUAAAUGCCUGCAAAGAGUUCUAACGUGAUUCUGAGCAGAUUCGUCUAGGAUUUGAAAAUACUUGAAUUUGCACCAGAACACACCCUUCCACCCAUGUUUCAAAAGGCACUAACUGUUGCUUUGGGCGCCUCAGUGUCAUAACUACAGACAUCAUUCUUGGGAGUUGUUGGGGUGAAAAAUCCUAGCUGCUUAAGGUUUCUGAUUGAUUAUUGAUAAAGUGAAGAUUAUUGUGUGUGGUGAAUGAGUUCAGUGAGUCCCCAUGAUGCAGUAGUUUUUUUUUUUUUUUUUAAUUAGAGACUAAUUAUAUCUUUUAUGGAAAAAAGUUGGUUUAGUUUGUCAGGUUUUCACUCUUUGAACUGUUUUUAAUGUUUACAAACCUCACUCUAGCUCUAACAUUUUGUGUUUAGCCCUCACCAAAAAGCACUUACUGUGGUAGGAAGAUUUUGCAGUAAUGUGGAGAAAUCCCCAAGAUCAAGUGCUGACAAAUGUUGACAGCUUUAGCAGUGUACUGCGUAAUAAAUAACUCUGAGGGGGCGGCGGGGGUCUUUGUGAGAAAGCGUCCCCUUAUGCACAUGUGGCAUCUCAUUCCCCGGGAAAGGAUAGCAUCUGAUCUCACAGUGUUGAUCAGGCAACACCGCUGGGCUGGGGUCGGAGCUGGGGUUAGCUCCCUGCACCAACACAUUGAGUACAAUCUGAGUUCGGAGCAGUGGCCCAGGCUAUGUGGCUGAGCACCAUGUCUGUCUCGGGCUGACCCUGCUAGCCUGUUAACAACUGUCUCCCCUCUGCUCCCACAGAGAGGGCAGCCAGGCCGGCUCACAGCUGGGUGUGCUGCCUGGCAGGUCUGUUGAGUGUGUUUGCAAAGUCAAAACUGGGCUUAUCUCCCUUUAAGAGUCCCUUUUAAAAUAGGGCCACAGAGGCUCAGCCUUGCAUUAAAUGGGGCGCACUUGGAAGGACCACCCUGAGCUUUAUCAGAAAUCUCUUGCUGGGAAUCUUGUUACUUGGCCCCCAAAAAAGGCCACCUUUGAAGUGGGAUUAAAAACAACACCAUUCAGGUGGGCUUGUUGCCCAAGUUUUCCAGGUCACUUCAGUAAAACCACUUGAUCAUCUGGUGAAAGUGGGAGCAGGUGGUCGGCCUCCCGAGGAUAUGUUGUCAGCUGCAAGAAAUAGUUCCGAAGUCACUGAAACUAAAUGCAGAUGAAUGACCAAAAAGGAUGCCACGCCACAGAGUGACUUACGAGUCAAUUUGCAUCUUCGUGAUAGACUCUUCAGAAUUAUUUAUGUCCCUGUAACUAUUUAAUAUCCUUUGUGCCAUGAGGCUCCCCCGUGGUUUUGUAAAUGUUCUCCUUGUAUUUAAUUAACUCCCACUAGGACCGGAAGUGGUGCCAUGGACACUUUCUAGUUGAUGUAAUGUGUGGUUGCACAUCUCAUCAUGUAUAGACCAUGUGGUGCCGAAAGUUCUGGAGGGAAUAGGGUUGUCCACGGUGAACGUGAAGAUGCCUAUAUUUUUCUUAUAUUGCCUCUGUGCAAACAGAAGACAAUCUAUAUCUGGGGGCCUUAAAAUGACCUCUUGGCAAAUUGAAGGAAGUGUUUUUGCAUUUAAUAGUUUCAAUAGGGACCAAUAUCAGUUUGGUUUGGGGCAUUUGAAGGCUGAGUGACCUUAAUUUUUCUCACUGUUCUGGUGGGUUGAUAUAGGUUUUCACAUUUCAAGCAAAACUUGAAGAAACUGCAGUUGCUAUGUGCAUUUGGAUUUGUUCCUGGACACUGUACAGCUGAAACCCUCAAGCAUUUGGUGGAACCUCUGGUGGUUUUAGAUGGAUGCAAACACUGACGUCCUCAGAGAAAGUUUAUUUUGGCACUGAUUGGGUGGAUUUGGUAUUUUUUCCCUGAUUCUCUUUGAUAUCCUUCCUUCACACUGCUGAAGGCAGGGGAGGGAAAUACGCUUUCCCUGCCUUAAAGAGGGAUUGCAGUCAUGAAAGGCUGAAGAUACUUGCUGGCCCCACAUAAAGCUGGGAAGAGCAGAUGCAGUUACAGAUUAAAAUCUCGUCAGAUAAGUUCGACUUGAAGUGAACAGCCAUCCGAGGGAGGUGACUUUUGUCUACAGAAAAAGCAAGAAUGUGGCACCCUGCACAGCCCCAAUACACAUCUUCCUUGGCAACGUGAGCUAAAGCCAGCAUGGGCAAGGCCAGCCCAGCUCUGAGGGCUUGGCCCUGGGAAGUCGGUGGCACCCGCAGCCCUUUGGGUCCUGUUACUGUCCCCUGGCAGGAAGGCUCACGCCUGUGGGCAGCCACGGAAUGUGUCUGACCUCCACCCUAUGUCGGGUGCUUCUGGGAGAGCUUCGUGACUCAGUUGAAAACAUUUUGACUCUCUUCAAGUUUGCAGUUUAAUCUGUGGUUCUUGGAAGCUGUCCUAGUGAGUCAGCAUUGGGUUAAGCCUGAGGAGACCAAGCUCCAGCACCUUUGUGCACUCAUGUAUAUGAAUUCUUGCUUGCAGUGAAUGAGCCCUGAACAACCCUAGUGUGUGUCAUGUCCUGCGUGUGGCCCAGACGUGUUUUCCUGUAGAUUCACAUGAGAAAACCUCACCUAUCCAUGUGCUCUAAGAGGUGGACUGAGGUCUAAUCCCUCCCUGGCGAGGUAAAUCGCCAGAUUUUCUGUGGGUUGGUCUUAACACCUAGGAGAUGAAUAGAGCGUGGAGACACCUGACCAAUUUAGUGAUUCUGCAAGGCAGUGAUGAUUUAAGGGUUCCCAUUGUCUCAUCUGUGUUCAAAACAAAGCGAUCAUGAAGUCUUUGUGCCACCGCCUGACUGUCAUCUUCUCCAGAUCUUGUUUACAGAGAAAUAAUGACGUUAAACAGGUAUCAGAAAGGGGAAAAAAGUUUCUAGGCCAAGAGCUACUGGUGGAUUCUCUUGAGCAGAAUAACAAGUUGCUUCCUGCUCCAGGGACUGCCAUUAGCUUGUGAGGUCUCCAGGUGCCUUGUUAGUUCCCAGUGAAGCUGCAGAAUCCAGGGUUUUUUCCAGGUUUGUCUUAUUUUAUCAGCACCCAUGUCCAGGCCCAACAGCUUGGUAGGCUGGUGAGGUCCACACACAGUCAGGUCUGGGAGAUGAGGGAGGAAGCGGUGGCCUGGAACACCCCGCCUGUCUUCCAUCAGCACUAGACAGCUCAGGCUAUCUUGGAAACGUGUACUUGGUUAACUGCCUUCCUGUCCUCUUGUCUUUGAAAGCUGUCUCAUGUUCCACAGUCAGCUUGAGGGCAAGAGUGGGAUGCUGGGGACAGGUCUUCCCCCUGCUAUGGGUGAGCUCCUGGCAUCUGGCUCAGGAACAUGUGGGUCCAGCAGGUGACUCUGAAGCUGGCUUGGCUGCCAUCUCAGACAGGACGCAGGCCUGACACCCUCAGCUUUCAGCUUUGUAAACUUCCCUGGCGCUUUAUAGAAUCUUGUGUUUCUUCUCUUCUCAGCAGAUGUCAUUCAAAUCACAAGAACUGUCUGGUCGAGAAAGUAAUUUAAAAUAUUUGACCUUUUAUGUUUCUUUUAUUUAGAAACUGUGAGAGAAAAUACCUUCAAUAUCUAUUACGUCUAGAAGAAUGUUCUUCUGAAAGUGAAUGUUCUGUUUAAUUCUUCUCCAUGUGAGUGAGUAGCAUUUGUACACUCUUCAGCUUGAAGCGGAAUAGGUCCUGUUAUAUUCUCUUCUUUUGUCUGGGAUAUAUUCUUUUUCCAUUUGAAUACAGUUUUUCAACCUUUGGGAUUUUUUUUUUUCCUUUCUAGUUUUUCCUAUUCACAAACAUAACAGUAAGGGAAAAAAUCACCCACAAGCCCGCUGAGUUUGAAUCACUGGCAGCUUGCCUAGAAAAGUUUAGAUGAUGGGUCCUUGAAUGGUGUAUCUAUUUCAUAGGGUAAGUUUGUUGUCUAUGUUUUUUUAUGCUGAGGCUUUAAUUCAGGUGACUGCUAUCUAGACACCUGGGGUGGCGUGUUUUCUUUGGGAUGCAUAAUACAGAAAGGCCAGGGAGCCUUUGGCUUGGACCCCAGGGAGCUAUCGAAACUUUUGAAGUUUAAGUUUAGGAGUAAGAACAUAUCUCAGACCACCUUAGUCAGCUUUGCUAAUGGGAUUUAGGGCCAGGCCAGAGUGUCUUUUCCUAACUGUUCCUGAAAAGAGAGAUGGUGUGAAACAAGAUUCUGAUAAUGGUUUGUGUGAGAUUUGAUCAUAGUCUAAAACUAUCAUGUCUUGAGUUGCCUUAGGAUGACAGUGCAGACACCCAGUAGGAAGUACCCCAUUUUUAUCAGGAAAGUCAGUCACGCGAAGGGAUGGUGAGGAGACGAGGGGAGAGGAGGGAGACUUGGUGCCCUUGCACCAGGGUGAGGCCUGACUCACGCUGCUUCCCCCCACAGGCCCUGCUUUGCUUGCCUGCUUUUUCCAGAGUCGAUUUUGCAAGUUUCAAGACUCUGUUCCCCUCUUUGCAGAAGUGAGGAAGGCAAAUACUCAGGGUUUGAAGAGAGACCUGGCUGGCUCGAGGGCUGGCAGAUGCGAGGGCAGGACACCUGGGAUGGACUUGUAGGCUGGCCCAGGCCCAAAGGGGGCUGCCUGCUCCCAACUCUUUCACUCUGUAACCCAUUUUAAAAUGAGUUUUUGAAUCUUGCCUCAAAUUGACCUACUUGGAUAAAAUCAGUGCUUUUCCUAACUUGAUUUUGUUUGACAUGGUUCCCUCUAAGAGAAUGCUAGGAAUUGAAACUAUUUGUAUAUGUUGAAAUUUGUAGGGGUUCAGGAACCCAUGGCAGAAACAUAUUUAUUUACAAGUAUGACUAUUUUUUUUUUCAAAGUAGGCAAUUCUGUCUUUGUAUAUUUUAAGGCAAAUAAUCACUUCACCUCUGGUGCCUUCCAUGCGUCGCAUAAGCACUCUUGUCAAUCAUGGAAUUGGAAAAAAAGAUGUACAUUUAGUUAAGCCAGAUAACACUAUUUUUAUAGCAUGAUUUUAGAUUGUGUCCUUUUAAUAUUGUUUUCAACAAUGGUAGUUUUGAGGUUUUGGCCAUUUUCUCUUUACACUUCGUAUGUAUUUUAAAGAAGGAAAAAACAACAAAAAAAUUCCCUGGCUAUUCCUCUUUCCUCUCUGCUGCUGCUUCUCCCACAUCUUGUUCCUGCUUAUUUAAAUAGUCUGAGAGUAAGAGUAUAUUUCUGUGAAAUAAUUAUAAGUCAGUAUAAUUGCAUUGGCAUUUUUUAACCACUUGCUCAGUUUGGAGCCACUGCUCACCUCAAACAGUACAAAGAAAGUGGUUCCAUAUUUUACAAACAAAAGAGUAGCAUCAGAGCCCUGACCUGUCUUUGGGUGUAAAAUGGUGAAAGGCCGGCGUCUGGCUCCUUCCCCUGUGGUUUGGGCUGGUGAACUGAGCCCAGGUGUAUUCUCUGGCCUGGGCCCCUUCCAGGAUCAGUGCAGGCGUCCUGCAGAGGCGCAGCCUUCCUGCCACUACAGAGUGGGAAGCUUCCCGGGGGACCUCAGCCGGCUCCGGAGCUCUCACCUUCCACUCGGAUCUCGUAUUGGUUCGUUGUGGAUGCUCUGGCUAGGCUUGGUGGCAUAUUCCAGGCUUCAGGCCUGAACAAAACAGGCUGCUUGCUGUGAGGAGCUAGAUGACACCAAGACACAGACAUAUACUCUUCAGCAGCUCCUUUCGCCUCUCCUUCCUGCAGGGCGUGAGUUAUGGCUGGUCCCAAAACCCUUGAAUAAACUAGCUGAGCCAUUGCAAAUGAAGGUACAGAUGGAUUGAAACAUAAAAUCGUAGCUUUUGAUGUCCUUCUGAAGGGUCAGAAUAUGUAAUUAUUUGAUAACCAAGGAAGUCAAGCCAGAUGGCUAAGUAGUAACUUUCCAAUAUGAUUUACCCGUGGUACUUCACCUGGUGGCACUUUUGGGGGGCAAUAUUAACAACUAUCACAUUUUACUUGUUAAGUCUCUUUCAUUCUGGCAGUUUAAAGACACAACUGUGGGCUUUCUGAGGCAAUGCCCAUUGGGCAAACUUAGGUUUAUGUGUUUGGUUUUUCAGCUACGGAAGCCCUGGGUGGGUGCCCCCUGGCUGGCCUGGCUCUCGGGUUCAAGUCUGUAUGUCUGGAGUGGGUUGGGGCCCCAAAGCUUUGCUGCUAUUGAUUUGUCCCCGACAGCAGGCAAAGCCUCACAUUGCCCUCAAUUUUCCCCCUUUCAUUUGAAGGACCAAUUUUUCACGGUACUUGUCUUGAUCUUUUUCAUAGUGUUCAAAUCUGUAUUUUUGUAUGUAGAGGAAAAUAAUUUUCUCAACACUAAUCGUUAAUAACUAUUGUAUUAAAUCGUCAUGAAGGAACUCUUAAUAAAUGGACGUGUAAGGA